AUUGUCAAUAUUAUUAUUGUUUAUAAAAAUAAAUAAAAAAAAUGAAUACAGAGGAGUUUAGAAAAUAUGGCAAAGAUAUGAUCGAUUAUAUAUGUGAUUAUACCAAAAAUAUAGAACAACGUGAUGUUGCACCUACACUAGAUCCAGGAUACUUAAGGCAUUUAUUACCAGAUCAAGCCCCAUUAAAAGCUGAAAAAUUUGAAGAUGUUUUGGAAGAUUUUGAAAAGAAAGUUAUGCCAGGAGUUGUACAUUGGAAUCACCCAAAGUUUUUUGCAUAUUUUCCAUCGGGUAAUUCAUUCCCAUCCAUUUUGGGCGAUAUGUUAAGUAGCGCUAUAGGAUCUAUUGGAUUUUCUUGGGCCUCUUGUCCAGCAGCUACAGAACUAGAAACUAUUGUGCUCGAUUGGUAUGCAAAAGCGCUUGGUUUGCCAAAAGCGUUUAUAACCGAUAUGCCCGGUAGUCGCGGUGGUGGUGCUCUACAAGGUUCUGCAUCGGAAUGCACACUAGUAUGCAUGAUAACAGCACGCUCAAGAGCAAUACAAAAAUUAAAAGGAAUUACCUCUGAAAUACAUGACAGUGUGUUUCUGCCACAGUUGAUUGCUUACGCAAGUAAAGAGGCUCACUCUUCCGUUGAGAAGGCAGCAAAAAUGGCUCUGGUAAAAUUACGUAUUAUAGAGGCUGAUGCACAUGGUCGAUUACGUGUUGACUUAUUACGACAAGCUAUACAGAACGAUGCCAACGCUGGACUUACACCAUUCUUUGUGGUAGCAACAGUAGGUACUACUGGUGCUUGUGCUUUUGACAACCUCACUGAAAUUGGUAAGGUUUGCAAAGAAGUGCCAAAUGUUUGGUUCCAUGUUGAUGGCGCAUACGCAGGAAAUUCUUUUAUUUUACCCGAAAUGCGUAAAUUUUCUGAAGGUUUGGAAUAUGCAGACUCGUUUAAUACAAAUCCAAAUAAAUUGUUGCUAACAAAUUUCGAUGCAUCUGCUAUGUGGGUUAGAGAUGUUAUGAGUCUAAAGACAGCACUUAAUGUGAAUCCUUUGUAUUUACAACAUGAACAUGAUAAGGCUAUUGACUACAGGCAUUACGGUAUACCAUUGAGUCGGCGCUUUAGAGCAUUGAAAUUAUGGUUCGUUUUUCGUUCAUAUGGCAUUAUCGGUUUACAAUCCUACAUACGUAAUCAUAUGGCGUUAGCUAAAAAGUUUGAAAUGCUUGUCCGCAAAGAUGAUCGUUUCGAAGUGCGUAAUGAUGUAUACUUAGGCUUAGUUUGCUUCCGUAUGAGAGCUGCUGAUAAUUAUAAUCAAGAAUUGUUGGCAUUAAUAAAUCAUUCUGGCAAGAUGCAUAUGAUACCCUCAAUGGUUAAUGGCAAAUACGUUAUACGUUUUUGUGUAACUUAUGAACAUGCAAAUGAAAAAGAUAUCGUUGACGCGUGGACUGAAAUUAAAGCGUUUGCUGAAGAUAUUUUGCGUGAUGUUAAUUUGGAAAUUACUUCACUGCCUCCUACACCAGAGAAAGAGAAGGGUGUUUCAGAACCUCAACCCAUCACUGGCAAACCACCAAUCAAAAAGAAGCUUACACGUACCAAAUCUUUACGUUUCUCAUUUACCCGCAGUAUUUCACGCGAAAUGUAUGAAAGCCAAAGUGAGCACCUUAAGGAUGGUUGUACGCCCAUACUUGUAGUUGAUUCCAAUGCCAUGCUGCAGAGUUUCCUCAAGGCAACUGCCGAUAAUAACCAAAAUAAAUUAAAAGGUAUUGCAGACGUUGAUACGGACGAAGCAAGUAAUUAAGAAGCUCAAAGGCUGAAUGCAGUUAUAGGCGCAGUGCGCUUCUCUGCUCAAAACUCAUGCUCAUACUAAGCAAAAUCGUAUUACCUCCAUUAUUGUAUUUAUUAAUAUUUUUUGAGAAGAAUUUUUCAAAAUAUUUACUAUAUUUAAUUUAUAGCCUUAAGUGUAAAAAUAUACAAAAAGUUAAACUGAUAAAUAGGCGAAUAGAUUUCAUAUUGCACACAUUCAGUUAUUUGUUUUCGUAUUUUUUACGUGUUCCUACUUCACUGAAUUUUCAUUAAUUUAUUUUAU